CGAUCAGGAAAUAGCGGGAGCUAGGCCUACAUCCUCAAGCUCGUCGCCAACGUCGCCGACGACCUCAAGACAAAAUGGGCGCCUACAAGUACAUCGGCGAGCUGUACAAAAAGAAGCAGUCGGAUGUCCUCCGUUUCCUGCUCCGCGUGCGGUGCUGGGAGUACCGUCAGCUUAACGUGAUCCACCGCGCGUCGCGCCCCUCCCGUCCGGACAAGGCGCGCCGUCUUGGCUACAAGGCCAAGCAGGGCUACGUUAUCUACCGUGUUCGCGUCCGCCGUGGUAACCGCAAGAAGCCCGUCCCCAAGGGUGCCACCUACGGCAAGCCCGUUCGCCAGGGUGUCAACCACCUCAAGCCCCAGCGCGGUCUCCGUAGCGUUGCUGAGGAGCGUGUUGGUCGUCGCUGCGGCAACCUCCGUGUCCUCAACUCGUACUGGAUUAACCAGGAUGGUGUGUACAAGUACUACGAGGUCAUCCUCGUCGACCCGAACCACAAGGCGAUCCGCCGCGACCCCCGCAUCAACUGGAUUGUCAACCCGGUUCACACUCGUCGCGAGGCGCGCGGCUUGACCAGCAUUGGCAAGCAGAACCGUGGUCUCGGCAAGGGCUCCCGCCACAAUCACACCCCGAGCCGCUCUACCUGGAAGAGGCACAACACCCUCAGCCUGCCCCGCUACCGCUGAGCGUAUCGCCCCUGUAUUUCCCUUACGCUGUUUUG